AUGUUCAAAAAGCAGAUUAUCGGGAUCCUGUUCCUUGCCCUCUCGGCAUUGGGCGCUCCAGCUUCAGACCUUACUGCUCGUCAAUCUUGUUCUUCAUUGCAACUUGUCCACAUUUCUGGAACCACUGAAGUAGGCCUUGGUACCGUCGGUACGCCAUUGGCUGCCGCACUUGCAAGCGCUGUCCCAGGAACGACUACUCACUCGGUCACAUAUGAUACCAGCGCCGAAUAUGUAGUAACGGUAGCUGCGGGUGCAGCCAUCACGGCAUCCUACAUCACAGCUCAAAGUGCCCGCUGCCCUAAUCAGCGUUUCGUUUUGAGCGGAUAUUCCAAGGGAGCUCUUGUAGUCCAUAGCACCACGCUUUCCAGCUCCCUCAAGGCCAAAGUUGUUGCUAUCCUCGUCUUUGCUCGAGCUCAGAAUAUUGCCAGUUUUUGCAAUACGGGGGACGUCUUUUGCUGGCCUGGUGGAAUUUCUCUUGCCGCGCAUCUUGCCUACCCAACAGACGGAAGCAUUGGAGUCGCAGCCAACUUUGUCAAGGCCAGGGCCUAG